AUGUCGUCGGAUCCUUCAGGUGUUUAUUUUAUUUGUCGCUCUACAAUCGAAGAAGGGAAAAUUACUAUUGUGAAAAGACGCGAUAUUCAAACGCUAAUUGAAGUAAAUGAAAAACGUGAACUUAUCCAGAACAAACAAUUUUUGAGCAACUUUAAUGAAGUCACCGUUCAUGAUGUAUGUAGAAAGAGACAUUGGACAGAAAAUUGGCACAAGGAAAGAAAAAGCAACCCUUCAGAAGAACGUCUAAGAGUGUUGAAGGCUGCAGCACAGAUAAUUUUGGAAGACAUUCGUUCUCAAACAUAUGAAAUUACUCAGUAUCCUCCAUCAGAUGACUUUUUGAAAGAUGCUGACGAUUGUGUUCCCGAAUCUCUGAAAAUGUUCCUUAAAACCAUCAUGCUAAAAUACAAAUGCGUCUCGCUCGAUGCCUGGAAAAAGAAAUGUACAAUGUCAGAAGAAGACGAGGAAUACUACGACUCGAUUGAUGAUACUGAAUUAGAACAAUGCCGAAGUUUUUGUAAUGCCAAAUUUCAAGAUGGUGAUUCUGAUGUUGACGAAAACGAUUGCGCUACGAAAAUAAACGAGCUGAUACCGUUCUACGAAGGCAACGUGGGGAAAUCGGAAAUUGAAUCUAUAAAAAGCAAUAGCAUGACAACAUUUAAAAAUGUUAAAUUGAAAAGGAAGGUCCCCAAAAUGUCUUUGGCUUGCCAAAGAAACAAUAGCUCUCGGUCUUAUUUGACCAUGUUUUAUGCAAAAAACGCACAGCAACCGGCUAGGCCGAGCCUGACCGAUACGGGAAGAGCAACAUGUUCAGCAAUAUCACCUAAAAGCAAUUUGUCCUAUCAUCAUGAACAAGAACAUCUCAAUGAAGAAGGGUUUUAUUUACAGAUGGAACAACUACGAAAAAGGCAAGAUUAUGGCAAAACUGUUAGUGAAAAAAAUAGAAUCAAGAUAAUGGAGAACAGAGUGGUGCGUCAACUAAAGCAAGAAAUUCGGGAGAGCCAAAAACUUUCGAAAAACGUUUAA